AGACUGAAACACAAUAGUAAUUAAUCACUAAGUACUCAUUUAUUAAUUAGUGUCAAUUAUGCCACUAUUCAUGCUUCAGGAAUAGCAGAUUUAUGAUAUAUGCUUGAUUUCUGCAAUGCUGUUCUUACUGGUACUGUCCAGAAACUUGGUCUUACUCACCUUAUGGGAUUGUGAAACCUUGGGGACUGGAGUCACAGGUGAAGAAGAAAGCCUCUUCCAAAAGCAAGAAGUCUGCCACUUUGAGAAACUGAAAACCAUUCAUAGCAAGAAAGCAUUUGGAAAUUCUCUCCAUGGUUUAUUUUGAGUUUGCCAAGGCAUAGAAUCGGCGUUGCUAUAGGAGAUCAGAUAUUGGACCUUGGCGUUAUCAAAACUCUCUUUACCGGGCCGACGAUAUCAAGACAUCAGAAUGUAUUUGACCAGCCAACCCUUAAUGCCUUCAUGGCACUGGGCCAUGAGGCCUGGAGAGAGGUGAGACAAGUGCUUCAGAAGCUGCUGUCUGCUGAUGAGCCCACUCUUCGGGACGACGUGAGUCUCAGGAGCAGAGCAUUUGUCCAUCAGAGUUUAGCAGAGAUGCAUCUUCCAGCUGAAAUUGGUGACUACACCGACUUUUACUCUUCUCGGGAUCAUGCCACCAAUGUGGGAAUCAUGUUCAGAGGGAAAGAGAAUGCUCUGAUGCCCAACUGGCUGAUGCUGCCCGUGGGUUACCAUGGAAGAGCCUCUUCAGUGGUGGUGUCGGGCACCCCUGUCAGGAGGCCCAUAGGCCAGAUGAGACCAGUACCAACAAAACCACCUGUGUUUGGUCAGUCCAAACAGCUUGAUAUUGAAUUAGAAAUGGCCUUUUUCGUAGGCCCAGGUAACAAGCUAGGAGAGUCAAUCCCCAUUGACAAAGCCCAUGAACACAUAUUUGGGAUGGUCCUUAUGAACGACUGGAGUGCUCGGGAUAUCCAGGCAUGGGAAUAUGUCCCCCUUGGACCUUUCCUGGGAAAGAGCUUUGGAACAUCCAUCUCGCCCUGGGUUGUCCCAAUGGAUGCUCUGCUGCCCUUCAUUCUGCCGAAUCCAGUUCAGGACCCAAAGCCACUGCCCUAUCUGUGCCAUGAGGAUCCCUACACUUUUGACAUUCAUCUCUUUGUCUCUGUGAAAGGAGAAGCAAUGGAAGAAGCUGCUCCAAUAAUCAAGUCCAAUUUUAAGUACAUGUACUGGACAAUGAUACAACAACUCUGCCACCACACUGUGAAUGGCUGCAACCUGCGGCCAGGUGAUCUGCUGGCGUCAGGGACUAUCAGUGGGCCAGAGCCUGAAAGUUUUGGCUCAAUGUUAGAGUUGUCAUGGAAGGGAACGAAAGAGAUUAGUCUUGGGAAUGGGGAGACUCGUACGUUUCUGCAAGAUGGAGAUGAAGUUUUUCUCACAGGCUACUGCCAGGGUGAAGGAUACAGGGUGGGAUUUGGAGUCUGCAAAGGAAAGGUUCUUCCAGCCCGGCAGAUGUGAAAUGAAACUGAGAAUAGUGGAGAAAAUGUGCUCACUUAGUGCCUUACAAAUAAAAGUACAGAAAUGCUGUUUUUGUUC